UCAGACCGCUGUUGCCCGGUAACGGCGGACGCGGCCCGGUCUGCCCGCUCUGAGCCAGGCCCAGGCCCCGGCCCGGGUCCGCCAUGGAGAUCGUCCACGUCUACACGAGGAAACGCAGCGAGUUUGGCCGCCAUUGCAACUUCUCUGACUGUCCUGCCAAGGUGUGUGUGGACAUCCAGCCUGACCCCAGCCUGGCUGACAACUUCGUGCUGCGGAACCCGGUGGACGCCUGCGUGCAGCACGGCAGCGAGCUGUCAGAGCACGAGGCCAACACGGAGCGGGUGGAGGUGGAGAGCCGCGGCGUGAACCACGUGGAGGGCGGCUGGCCCAAGGACAUCAACCCGCAGGAGCUGGAGCAGACCUCGCGCUUCCGCAAGAAAGUGGAGAAGGACGAGAACUACGUCAACACCAUCACGCACCUCGGGGCGCUGAUGGAGCACUGCGUCAAGCAGAACAACGCCAUCGACAUCUACGAGGAGUACUUCAGGGAGGAGGAGACGGACGAGUUGGAAGACGAGGCCCCCUCCGCCAAAACCAUCAGCGUCAUCAGGGAUCCAAACAUAACAAAGAGGACAGCCACGCAUCUGUCCUGGCACCCCGACAGGUGCAAGAAGCUGGCAGUGGCUUAUUGCAGCCUGGAGUUCCAGCAGAAUGCAGAAGACAUGAGCUUUGACUCCUACAUCUGGGAUCUCGAAAAUCCCAACAAGCCGGAGCUGGUUCUCAAGCCGUCAUCCCCUCUCGUGAGCCUGGAGUACAACCCCAAAGACUCUCACAUCCUUGUGGGGGGAUGCUACAACGGACAGAUGACUUACUGGGACACCAGGAAGGGGGGACUGCCCGUGGAGGUGUCCAUCGUGGAGACCGGCCACAGGGACCCUGUGUACGGUGCAAUCUGGCUGCAGUCCAAAACUGGCACCGAGUGCUUCUCAGCCUCCACUGAUGGGCAGGUCCUGUGGUGGGACAUCCGCAAGCUAUCCGAGCCCACCGAGAUGCUGGUCUUGGACAUCACGCGCAAGGGGCUGCUGGAAAAUGCUCUGGGUGCCAGCACGCUGGAGUUUGAGCCCACCAUGCCCACCAAGUUCAUGGUGGGCACAGAGCAGGGCAUCGUCAUCGCCUGCAACCGCAAAGCCAAGACACCCCCCGAGAAAAUCGCCAGUACCUACAGCGGCCACCUUGGCCCUAUCUACGCGCUGGCCAGGAACCCUUUCUUCCCCAAAAUCUUCCUGACGGUUGGUGACUGGACAGCUCGGAUCUGGUCAGAGGAGACGAAGGAAUCGUCAAUUAUGUGGACCAAGUACCACCUCUCCUACCUGACGGACGGCUGCUGGAGCACAGUGAGGCCGUCUGUCUUCUUCACGGCCAACAUGGAUGGGACACUGGACAUCUGGGACUUCCUAUUCAAACAGAAUGACCCAUCCCUCAGCCUGAAGGUCUGUGACGAGCCUCUCUCCAGCCUGCGCUUGCAGGACAAUGGCUGUGUGUUGGGCUGCGGCUCGAAGCUGGGUGUCGUCACCCUGCUGGAAAUCUCCUCCGGGCUCUGCACACUGCAGAAGAACGAGAAGAACCUGGCCAACGCGAUGUUCGAGCGAGAGACCAAGCGGGAGAAGAUUCUGGAAGCCCGGCACCGGGAGAUGCGGCUGAAGGAGCGCGCCAAGUCAGAGGGUCAGGGCGUGGAGGCGGAGGAGAUGCUGGAGGAGAGUCCCGAAGAGGCACUCAACCGUGCCCAGAAGGAGUUCUUCGAGGUCAUUGAAGCGGAGCUGCAGAGGAGGGCACGGGCAGAGGCCCAGCAGCCAGGCGGCAAGGUUAAAGAACACACGGAGGAGGAGGUGGUGGCUCAGGGGGAAGAGGGCGAGCUGCCCAAGUAUGAGGAAGAGGACGAGGAAAAGGACGCUGCCAAGGAACCGUAGCAGAGAGGACCAGCAGAUCGCACAGAAACCAUGAAGCCGUUCACAGAUGCUCCCUGGCCCUUUGCCCUCCUGAUUUUUCUGUAGUGUGAAUAAACAGGAGCUUCCCACA